AUGUGCUCCGAUUUCUUGGCCGACAUUAACAACAACCACGCUAAAGAAUGCCGAAUGGACUGGGGACCCAGAUUCGUCAGCGGUAUAAAGGCCAUCGCAGCUCUUGGUCAGCUGCUCCUCGUGACACACUCAGAGCUUGAGGUAUCGAUCCUCGAGAUCCCUGGCAGCUACAACAGCCAUGGAAAACCACUCACAAUUGGAGAGAAAGUCCAGAGCUGUUCCAGAUUGUAUCAAGAAGCGUUUGCCAAAUCUGAACAAAGUUUGGCCAAACUUUCUGGGACUUUUUGGGAGCUGGCUUCUUCUCGCGGUUCGCUUCAUCGUGUAACAGAACUGUUUCGCAAAGACACUCCGGCCAUCGCAUACUCUUCUUUUCGAGAUGAAUGGGAUCGAAUACAUCGUUACCUCUGCGACGUUCAAUCGCACGCGAGUGCAUGUUUCGAAUCUUGGACUUAUCUGCUCACUUUCAUCCAAGAAUUUGAAACGCUUAUUAGUUAUAUGGCUACUGACGAUAAGAAACUCACUGUCCUGUUGAGUGGAAAGUUAGAAAAGGCCAAAGCAGAAAUUAAAACACGUCGCUACGAUAUUGACCAAGAGACCCGCGAUACAAAGGAUAGCCAAGGAUUUGACUUCACAUAUGCCGUCCCACUCUUGGUCGCAAUUUUAACAGUACUGCUCCUCUCUGGUAUUCUUUUCAGGGCCAUUAUUUUAUCUUGCAUGUUCCUAUGUGCACUUCUCAUCCUUCGGGAAGGGAUGGAGCAAUCAGGUUACAAAGCGACAUCAGACGACAACGACGGAGAUCAAACUCGUGACCUCGAAAUCGAAAUAGAACGCCUGACUCAUAAGCACAAGCUUAGCGCCACCAUAGGUCAGACACUCCAGGAACUGUGCAGCUCACUAGCCUCUGCGAUAGGCGGAGUGCGAGAGAUUCACGACUCCUACAGAGCUAUGUCUGAGAGGCUCCUUAGCAUGAAUGAGGAGAAGAUCGACCGUUUCAAAAAAGCCUUGAAUAGGACCUCCUACAUCAUUAGUUGGGACGAGUCCUACAAUGCCAACCACACGACUGAUCAUCGGCCACGGGAAUCAAAAGAUGUAACGGAAUUGCAUGAACUUGCCAUCGAGUUGCGCCUGACAUUCUACAUCAUAUUUGAGUGGUCUUCGCUUUACACACGAAUAUCGCAAGAUAUAUUCACCCCAGCGCUACGUGAAGUUCAAUCCUUCAGCUCUUUAGCUAUGUUGAUCAGUGGCAUCGAUUUGUCGAGUGACAGAUUCAAACUGCGGCCUGCUCAACAAGGAGAAUGGACUCCACGCCAAACUGCACCACCACUCACUCGGAGCUUUAUGCCACUCGCUACUAUACCUUCGACAUAUUCUGCGGACUCGGAUAUCUAUUGCUCUCAGUCAUAUGUUCCAACGGCCAAAGAUACAUUGACCCUAAAUCAGAUAGCAGGGCGCGCUGAGAUGGAACUCAACAAACUACAUCGCCCAAGAAAGCGCGAUAAGAUCUGUACAAGAGAGAGUGACGGAGGUCUAUACCACAACUAUGCCAACAGUAAUCAGAGAACCCAAAGAAAGGCAAAAGCACAUCUUAAGUACAGCUAG